GCCUCUCUGUGGUUGAUUUAACAGGAAGUUCUCAUCCUCGCUGCAGCCAGACGGUCCCUGAAGCUUCGGCCGCCAGACAGACACCAUGAAGGCACCGCGUCUUUUCCUCUUAUUGUUCAGCUUCUACCAGACGACUCUCCCAGCUCGAGUCUCUGUGACCAUCUCUCCCAGCAGAUCGCAGCAUUUUGAAUAUGAGAAACUGUCGGUGGACUGUGGUGAUUGGACGGCGUGGAGAUACACCACCAACAGCUGGAAUCUGAGCCAGUGUGAGUUGGGCUGGGGAGCCAAGUCUUCGUCUUCCUGUGAAAUCGGCACGGCCAAGGCCACGGACAGCGGCGUGUACUGGUGUCAGUCCAGACACGGAGACAGCAGCAAUGUCGUCAACAUCACCGUCACCGGUGGACCAGUGACCCUGCAGAGUCCGGUCCUUCCUGUGCCGGAAGGAGAAGACGUCAUGCUGAGGUGUAUUAAAAGGAACUCGUCCGCCCUCCCAGCUGAGUUCUAUAAAGAUGGCGUCUCCAUCGGGAGAGGGGCUGAAGGUAAUUGGACUCGCCGUCGUUUCUCCAGGUCGGAUGAAGGAUUCUACAAAUGUAAAGUCGGCAAUGAAGAGUCUCCACCCAGCUGGUUGCUGAUGAAAGAUGACUCUGUGCCGGCCUCUCUCCUCUCGGUGUCUCCGGACGUCACUCAGCUGUUUGAGUACGACGGUCUGUCUCUGAGCUGCGGCAACAACAGCCGAUCUCACGGCUGGAGGAUCAUCAGAGCCACCAAGCUGGACGGGAAGGAGGGGAUGCUGGUGAACUCCAGCGAGAAAUGGGGCGAAGCUUCGCCUUCUGGCUUCAGAAUCCACGCCGCCAAGAAGACGGACAGCGGCGUGUACUGGUGCGAGUCUCCCGCCAGGCAGCGGAGCAACUCUCUCAGCAUCUCUUUUUACGGUACUGAUAAAAUAAUACUGCAGAGUCCUGGCCGCCCUGUGAUGGAGGGAGAUAACGUCACGCUGCACUGCAAAACAAACCAACCCUGGGACUCCUUGCCUGGUUUCUAUAAAGAUGGCUCCUUCAUCAGGACUGAGCGUGAUGGUCACAUGACCAUCCACAAUGUUUCCAGGUCUGAUGAAGGCCUCUACAAGUGCAACAUCAGCACAGGUGGAGAGUCUCCACCCAGCUGGCUGUUUGUCAGAGGUGAUACAUUUCUCAGCCCUCAGGCUCUUCCUAAGGAUAACUCCACUGAUGAAGCUACACCAUCAACUUCAUCCUCAACAUCAACAGAUGCAUCACUUCUCAGUGCUAAUGUUUCCUCUAUAGCACAAGAUUCUCGGAGCGAUAUGGAGGAAACUUCCUCUGCUGGUUCCUCGCCUCCGUCUGUGCUGACGCUGAUACGCCACCUGGUGGUCAUCUGUCCAUACUGCAUCUCCACCGUCCUGCUGGUGUCCAUAUGUCGACAGAAGCCCAAAGGAAACAGCAACCUUCUCCGGAGCGUAUGCAGCUGUGCAGGAAGGAAGCAGCGUGUUUCCAUGGCGAUGUCUCCACCCAGAGAGGACGAUCAGGGAGCGGACCGAGCGUAUGAAAAUGUCAUUCCUGAUGUCACCACUGAGCAUAAUUUCUAAACUCUCUCUCUCUCUUAUGUUGUGUUUUUCUUUUACGGUUGUUGUCUGUAAUGCUGUCCUGUUGUCAUAAAUGGCCUGGCCCCAGAGUAUUUGUCCAAAAUUUAAACCCUGCGUGAGCACAACUGGUCAUUGCGGUCUUCAAAUCUACUGGUUUAAGAAAUCCCAAGGUCAAGGUAUCAAUGGGGGGGUAAUCUGCCCCGAGACUCUGGAGCAAGUUACCCCCUGAUAUUAACACUAUUACAGAUGUAGCUCUUUUUUCAGGUCCAAACUCAAAAACCCAUUUGUUUAGAAUGGCUUUUAAUAUGUAGUAGUGGUGUGACACUUUCCCUCUCCUCCUCCUGUUUCUAUGUAACCUUUUCUGAUUUUACUGUUUUCUAUGUUUCAGUCUUUUUAUUGUAUGAUAUGUUGUUAUAUUCUUGGUUCCUGAUGUAAAGCACUUUGGAUACCUGCUGGUUGCUGAAAAGUGCUGUAUAAAUAAAUGUUAAUUGUUUGAUUUUGUACACUGGACUCACUCAGCAAGACCUGGACUGUUUGCUGUCCUGUCUCCUAAACGGUGGAACAAGUUCCCCUUAUUAACAUGAGGACGGCUGAAAGUCUACACAUCUCUUCAGAGGGCGUCCUGGCUAUGAAGAUAAUUGUUAUAUAUGUAUAUAAAAUAAUGCACUUACAUGUGGCUCUUUGUAGUUUGGCUUAUUUGAAGUUAAUGUACGUGUUCUUUGCGAUUCCUGCUGGUCUGAGUUUGAGGCAUCAUGGUUGAAUGCACUUAUUGGAAGUUGCUUUUGGAUA